AUGACCGAGAGGCUGGAGCUGGAGUGGCGGGUGCCGGUGCCGCAGCCGCUGGUGGAGGGAUGCCUGCUGGACCGCUGGAGCGAGGAGAAGGACGCCCCCAAGCUGGAGCCGCGCUGCUUCUUCAGGGUCGACGACUGCGGCUUCUUCAUCCACUGGAGGAGCAAAGGCCACCAUGGAAACGUCAUAGAAUUGUCCCAAGUUAGUGACAUUAGAGCUGGUGGCCUUCCAAAGGAUCAGAAACUGCUGUCACAAUUACGUGGAAAACAUGGCGAUGAUGUGGAAGAAAAGUCACUAACUAUAUGCAGUGGUACAGAUUAUGUCAACAUAAACUACCAGCAUGUAAUAUGUCCAGAUACUGACACCGCCAAGGUCUGGUUAGAUGGACUAAGGAAAAUCACAAACAAUGUGAAAGCAGACAACAUAUGCCCAAUGAUGUGCUUAAAGAAACACUGGAUGCGUCUUCGGUUGCUCGUGAAUCCCAAGGGCAAAGUUCCUGUUAGAGUUGUAGCCAAAACUUUUGCAUCUGGACAAACAGAGAAGCUGGUCUACAAAGGUCUAUCUGAGCUGGGUCUGCCCCACAGAAAACAUGCUUCAAUUGAUGCAGCAGAUUUCACAUUCAACAAGUUUUAUGCACUGUACCACAAGAUCUGUCCAAGAACUGACAUUGAAGAACUUUUCCAAUCAAUCACUCAGUGCAAAAGUUGCAAGAUCAGUAUUGAACAGUUGAUUACAUUUCUCAAUGAGAAGCAACGUGAUCAAAGACUGAAUGAGAUCCUGUAUCCCCUAUAUGACAAAAGGAGUGUGGAGAAGAUAAUAUCAUCAUAUGAGCCAGAUGAGCAGACAAGGCUGGAAAACAAAUUAUCAAAAGACGGCUUGAUCCAGUACUUGAUGUCAGAUGAGAAUGCUCCUGUGUACUUGGACCGACUGGACUUGUACAUGGACAUGGACCAGCCAUUGUCGCAUUACUACAUUAACAGCUCCCACAACACAUACCUGACCGGCUUCCAGUUUCGUGGCAAAUCCUCUGUGGAAAUGUACCGCCAAGUCCUGCUUGCUGGUUGUAGGUGCAUUGAAUUAGACUGUUGGGAUGGAACGAGGGAUGAUGAAGAACCAAUAAUAACACAUGGCGGAGCAGCAUGUACAGAUAUUUUGUUCAAGGAUGUCAUACAUGCAAUACGGGACACUGCGUUUGUGACAUCAGAGUACCCCGUCAUCCUGUCUCUUGGGAACUACUGCAGCAAGGCUCAACAGUACAAACUGGCCAGAUACUGCAAUGACAUCCUGGGUGAUCUGCUGCUCAAGGAACCACUCCCAGAUUUUCCGCUGGAACCUGGACUACCGCUGCCUUCACCAAAUGCCCUCAAAAAGAAAAUUCUGAUCAAAAACAAGAAGCUAAAUCCUGAUGUGGAAAAGCAGGAGUUGGAACUGUUCUGGCAGGGACAGUUUGUCAUUGAAGAAGAUGAGGAAGAAGACACGUCUGCCAUCAGUGAAGCUAAACUGGAUGUUCCCGGAUAUGAUGCUACACAGGAGAAUGGAGACAUCCCCAGCCCCGUGAAAUAUCCACCAUCAACAAAUAAGAUUCAUCCAUGGCUCUCAUCCAUGGUGAACUACAUUCAACCAGUCUAUUUCCAGGGAUUUUAUGUUGCUGAGGAGAACAAUAUACACUACCAUAUGUCAUCUUUUGAGGAAAGGGAUGGCCUUCAGUAUGUGGAGUCGCAGGCUAUCCAGUUUGUUGAUUAUAACAAACGGCAGCUGAGCCGCAUCUAUCCUAAGGGACUCCGUCUCAAUUCAUCGAACUACAUGCCACAGGUCUUUUGGAAUGCGGGCUGCCAGAUGGUGUCACUGAACUUCCAGACUCCUGACACACCCAUGCAGCUGAAUGAGUCAAAGUUUGAAUACAAUGCACGUUGUGGCUACCUACUGAAGCCAGAUUUUAUGCGGAGAGCUGACCGGAGCUUUGAUCCAUUUGCUGAAUCUCCCGUCGAUGGUGUGAUUGCCGCACAGUGCCUUGUGAAAGUCAUAUCUGGUCAGUUUCUGGCCGACAAGAAAGUUACUACUUAUGUAGUAGUGGAAAUGUAUGGUCAGCCAACAGAUACAAUCAGGGAUGAGUUCAGAACGUCCAAGGUUACAGGAAAUGGCCUGAACCCAGUAUACAAUGCAGAACCAUUCCUGUUCAAAAAGGUUGUGCUGCCUGAGCUUGCGAUGUUGAGGUUUGCUGUGUACAGUGAGAAAGGGAAGCUUCUGGGGCAGCGCAUUUUGCCUCUGGAUGGGCUGCAGGCUGGCUACCGGCACAUCUCCCUCCGGACAGAGGCCAACUUCCCCAUGUCACUGCCCAUGCUGUUCUGCUACAUAGAACUCAAAAUAUAUGUGCCUGAGCACUUUGAAGGUGAUGGAAGUGAAGGAGGAGCUGGUGACAGUGGUAGCGACGAUGGCAACAGAGGAUUGGGCAGCAGCAGUGGCGGCAGCAGGAAAUCUGGGAAGUCUUCUGACCAAAGGUCCAGUGGCCCUGCAACACUUGAAGAACACUAUGAGGAGAUGGAGUUUGAUGCAAUCACACUAGACUCGUUAAGAGCUGAGAAAGUCUACCAGAAGUCUGCACGACAGCAGCAGAAGGAGCUGGAGGCAUUGCAUAGGAGGCAGCACCGGGACAGCCUCACUGUCCAGAGUGAACAGUGUGCUGCCAUUGAGGAGCUCACAAAGGGCCGCAGCCAAGAUGAGCUUAUAUCAGAUCCAGAGGUGCAGAAAGUAAUAGCAGAACAGACUUCUGAGUGGUCAGCAAUGUUGGAGCGGCACCACAGGGAGGAGUGGGCGAUGCUGAGGAGGCAUGUGCAGGAUCAGCAGGAGAUCCUCCAUAAAAUCAUGAAGAAUGUACAGGGUUCCCAGGUAAAGCAGUUAAAGUUGAAACAUGACAGGGAACUGAAGAAGAUGUACACUCAGCAAGCAAAAAUCUCCAUCGAAACAAUGAGGACAGUCAGCAAGGACAAGUCAUUAAAGAAAGGAGAGAGAGAGCGCAUACUACGUGAGAAGCAGCAGAACAAUAUAAGGAAGUUUGUGGAAGAGAGGAAUGUGGCUGACAUGAGGCAGGACAGGGAGAGGGAGAAGCUGACCCUUCAGCACCAGCAGCAGGCUGCUAACGUCAAUGCUGAACUGCAGAAUCUCAUUACAAUGAUAGAAAAUGACGAAAUUGAGUAUGAACUUGGGCCAAAGAAUUGAAUUCUCUGUAUAAAGGACUAUUUAAAUCUGUAUCAGCUGAAGCACCAGUCCAGGUGGCUACAGAAGUGUCACAACCUGCACACUACAUUUCCAGGAUUUUUUGAAAUAAUAUCUUAGGAGAAACAUAUUUUUUUUUAAAUGGAAAAGAAAGCUGAAAAAAGUAUUGUAGUGUAAAGUAAGAUUAAUCCUAGUCUUUCUGAGAUAAGAUUAGUGUAUGUACACCUGUCUGUGAUAAAGUGUAGUUAGAAAGAGCUUUAAUUAGGAUGUGUCUCAAAGCAAGUUGUGAUUCAUAAUUCAGUAGUGCAGAACUGAGCAAUUCAAGUCAUUAGAAUUUGAGGACCAACCAGCAUGAGAUAUAUACAGUUACAACUGUAAUUGUAAUGUUUCAGAAAGGAUAUCACAGUUUAAAUCCAUGCUGCAUUUGUUAACUUUGAUUUACAUUGAUAUGUGACAACAUGAAGUGAAAAAGAAUCAAACGAUUUGUCCUACUAUGUGAGCACCAUUUUCCACACGGCUUACAACCAAUUGAUAGGCAGAUUGUUUCAUAUCUUUAUUAAUAUGUCUAAACUAAUUUAUACACUAGCAGCUUCAGUACUAUUUCUCGAGUUGAUAGAUCCUACUAGGAACAGUGCAAGCUAUCAUUAAUCCAUAUUCCCAAGUGAAGUUCGUUCCAAGUUGUAUCAGAAUUCUGCCUCUUACAGAUAGAGUCCACCAGAAUAACACUCUAGCAAAUAUGACAAUAUUCGCGGUACGCACUCCACUGAUAGCAUCAACACUGGUUUAGGCUGGUCCUGGGCCAGUCUGUGUGCCAGAGUCUCGCAUGAUCCUGUCAGAGGGCAUGGAUCCAUACCAUCUGAGUGGUGGCACUAUAGUUGUCAGUAACAACGUUGUAUUUCGUGGCAACGUCGGGUGGCCUCACUACAGUUCCUCCUUCCAAAACAGUGACCACCUGAGGAAAAAUGAAAGUAGUGCAUGGUCUCGAGGAGCAACCACUGGGGAAGGCAGCAGGUCUAGGUCCACAGGCAUUGCUGCUGAAGGCCGAGGCAGGACAGGGCUCGAUGGGACUGCUCGAGUUGCCACGGGGCUGGAGGAUCCACACGGGGUGGCGAAGUAGGUGGCUGCUGACAAGAAUGGCAGAGGUGAAGUUAGUUUCGGUGACCCUGCAGAUAUCCGUGGGCAGAGGCUACAGUGUGCAGUGUGGACCCAUCAUGAAUGGAAAUCACUUUGCAGAUCCACGUUCGGUUGUGACAACAGAUGGGUCCACACCGGGGAGCCCAUCUAGAAGGGAAGCGCUCUGGUGAUGAAGUGUGGCAGUGAGUCAUCAUUUAUUUGUUUCGUUAUUUUAUUACUGUUUGUUUCCCCAACUGUAGAAUGGAAUGAAAAUGGAAAAGCCAUUGCAGAAGAAGUAGGGAGCGAAUGUCAAUCCAACUUCACCUUUUGGAAUCUGUACUAAAUGCUUCAGCCUCUGUCAUUUGGUGUUGUAAUAUAUCAAAACCUUUUAUCUGGUGAGAUCCCUGUGUUUCUGAUUGUAUAUAUUUGUGUUUAAUGAACUUGGCCAAAAACCAGUCAUUGUGCCAUAUUUACUCUAGUCCAUUAUAUGAAAAUGAUCUCAGAAUAGAUAUCAGUGAUGAUUGAACAAAUAUUUUGCAUCAAAUGUGCUGAAAAUGAACAUGUACUGUGUCUUAGUGUUAUAUUAGCAAUAUUUUAGUCAAAAGAGAAGGGUCUACUUUGUGGUUAGAAGAAAGUAAAGGAGACAGAAGUGCAGAACAUGAAAAAUCUCUCAUAGUAAUGGUCAGAAGAGAGACAUGGUGCAUGAAGGAAUUCUUACAAUAUUCUUUCUCCUCAUAAAGGAUAUUUAUUUAUUUUUAACUUUUAUUUUAUUUACUUCUAUUUAGUUCCCAGGGCUAGACAUUCAGCAACGGUAAAUUGUUUGUCUGUGAGCUGUACUCCAGUUGUUUCUGAUUUAACAUAUGACAUGUGAGAUACUCCUCCUCUGUCCCAAAUAUAACUGAUAUUCACUGUUUACUUUUACUUUAAGAAAUGAAAUUAUGUAUGUUAGUAUGAAUUCCAUUGUUUGUUGUAUGUGCUGUAUAAAAUUAAUUUAUUGUAUGUGUUGUAAUGGCUCAUAGGUUUAAAAUUUGUAUGUUCCAGUCUCAAUGAAAA